UGACUUAACGUUUUUUCGCCGACUGCGGAUGACGGUGGAAGGCGGUGUACGUCCGAUGCUGAGUCGUGUUUAUGACAGGAGGUGUACUUCAUGCUAAUAUUUAUUUCCACCAGCAUUCGGAGGACAAAGGAUGUUUAAAUGAACGAAAAAGACAAGGAUCUUGGUCAUUAACUAACUAAUAUUGACGCUGAUUGUUCAACGUAUCCGGAGUUGUUUUGAAAGGCCUGUGUUGCUGGCUUGCUCCGGGGAAUCCUCGGACUCGCUCGGUAGAUGCUGCCGGUGGCCGAUGUGGUUGAAGUGACCACAGGCUAAAGUGCGAGAGGUUUGUCUUAUCUCAAAUUCUAACGAAGACGUUUUUGUGUGCUCCUCCAUGGCGGGCACACAUAAGCGCACAGUGCGGACGUUUUUGGUUAGCCAGCCAGCUAACUUUAGCUACUCCGUGUUGACAAGCUAACUAUCCAGAUAUCGCAGGUAUUUGGGACUUUGGAACACUUUCUUCAGUUAAUAUUGAAACACUUUGCUCUUGCCACUACUUUUAAUGGCGUAUUCUCCAUAUUUAUCCCCGACACCAAUUGAGAAGCAGAUCACAAGAUCUCUUGGCUAAAAGGGACUAAUAUCCCUUUGCCUCGUUGGACUCUAUGGAUUUGUUUUGUCGUUACUUUCUUUCUGACUACCGGGAUUGUUAAUUGAUUUUUUGUUUUUGUUUGUUUUUUUAGUUGAAUGUAAUGAAAGCCUUUCCUCGGCUUACUUGACGUUAUCUUCAAAGGUCUCUCCGAGAGAAAUGAGGCUAGUGGCGGUGUCUGACGCUUCAAGUGUCACCUCUCUGACUUGCUGUUAACCGCAAACCGACUCCACUUGAUCUUUGAGCUGGUUGUGCUCCAGAGGGAACCUUCUCAACAUGAAUCGUUACCUGCCUGUGGCAAGGCAGCACUUCCUUGCUGCACUAGCGAGCACGAGUGUGGUUGUGAAAGCCAUCAGUGCCCUGGUGGUUCUCCUCUACCUGCUCUCCUGGGCCCUGGACACAUCGUAUGUACUUGGGGUUACCCCGGGAUAUCUGUUCCCUCCUAACUUCUGGGUGUGGACACUGGUCACCCAUGGGAUCGUGGAAGAGCAUGUGUGGGGCGUGGCAGCCAAUGUUGGGACAGUCAUGUCAUGUGGGCGCCUGCUGGAGCCUUUGUGGGGCGCACUGGAACUGCUGAUCUUCUUUGCCGUGGUAAAUGUAUCCGCAGGCCUUCUAGCAGGCCUCUCCUACCUCCUCACCUAUGUGGCCACCUUCAACCUGGACUUCUUGUUUGCUGUCCGUGUCCAUGGAGUGGCCGGAUUCCUGGGAGGAGUCCUGGUGGCACUGAAGCAGACCAUGGGGGAUACAACGGUGCUCCGCGUUCCACAGGUAAGGCUCAAAGCAGCUCCAGCUUUGGUCCUCCUCCUCCUGGCUUUACUGCGUCUCUCAGGCCUCCUGGAAAGUGCCGCCCCCCUUGCAGCAUACAGUUACGGCGCCCUGUCCGGCUGGGUGUACCUGCGCUUCUAUCAGAGGCACAGCAGGGGCCGUGGCGACAUGUCGGACCACUUUGCUUUUGCAAGUUUCUUCCCAGAGGCGCUGCAGCCGGCGGUGGGUCUGCUGGCAGGUUUGGUCCAUUCUGCCUUGGUGAAGGUGAAGGUGUGCAGGAAGAUGGUGAAGAGGUACGACGUGGGCGCCCCGUCGUCCAUCACCAUCAGCCUGCCGGGGACAGACCCACAAGAUGCUGAGAGGAGGAGACAACUGGCCCUCAAGGCUCUGAACGAGCGUCUCAAGCGCGUGGAGGACCAGUCUGCUUGGCCCAGUAUGGACGACGAGGAAGACGAGGAGGUUGACGAGAUCCGGACCGACAUGCAACCACUCCUCCCGCAUGACCCCACCUCUUCUAUGCCCCGGCCAGCAGCGAGUGGACCUGUUGGCAUGACCCUCUCCUCAUCCUCAAUGUCACAAAGCGGCGGAGCACAGGCCAACCCGGAGUCGAGCAUCAUCAGCUUCGAGGACGCACCCUCUAGAUCGUAACCUAUUUAAUCUAAUAGACGUGAUGAUCAUGUCACUGGCAGGUGUACUAACGUAAAUGAUGCAAGGUGUUAGACCUGUUCAUACACUGUUACUGUCACCUUGGAGUCCAAACGUGGGUUUAGUGUGUCUUUUCACUUCACACAUGUUGGAUGUGCACAGUGUAGUCAGUCAGGCCUUGGCUUCCAUCUUGCAUACAGAUGCAAGUUAAGCAGCCAUUUUCUCGUGUCCUGCUUUAAUCCCAACUGAACUGAGUGGGGUGCUUUUUUGUGUGUGUGUUUGCUUUUUAAAUAAAUGGUAAGUUGGAUGU